AUGCUAAAAAUAAAAGCUCUUUUCUCGAAAAAGAAACCUGACCAGGCAGAUUUGUCUCAAGGAUCUAAAAAAGCAUUAAAGGGUAAGACUAGAUCAAACGGUACAACGAACAAAGAUGUUUCCGAGGACAAUUCCUUCCCCAAAAAAAGACAUCAGGACAGAAAUGUAAUGCAGUACUCGAAUACUAUUGCUGACGAUCAUCAUAUGAAGUCUUUGACUGAUGAAUUGGUAACCACAAUAGACUCAGACUCCUCCCCGAGUGAUAAUAUUACCACAGAAAAUAUAGAGACCGUCACAUCCGUUCCAGCCAUCGAUGUUCACGAAAGUAACGAUGAUGAAGUAAGUUACGAUCCAUUAAUGUCUGACGAAUCGCUUCCAAUACAGAGUGAAACUAUCAGUGACAUCCCAUAUGGCGACACUGACGACGAGAAUCUGGAAGAUGAAACUCCGGAAAAAUCGUUUCUUGAACAGAAAGAAUUGAUAGGUUACAGGUUAAUCAAUAAGAUUGGUGAAGGUGCUUUCUCAAAAGUAUUUAGAGCCAUACCUGCCAAGAAUAGUUCCAAUGAGUUUUUAACUAAAAACUAUAAAGCUGUAGCCAUUAAAGUUAUCAAAAAGGCUGAUUUAUCCUUGAUUAACGGUGACCAUCGGAAGAAAGACAAAGGAAAGGAUUCCACCAAGACUUCUUCCAGAGAUCAAGUGCUAAAAGAAGUGGCGCUACAUAAGACGGUCUCCGCUGAUUGUUCGCAAAUUGUUGCGUUCAUAGAUUUCCAAGAAACAAAUAGUUACUACUAUAUCAUUCAAGAGUUACUGACAGGUGGAGAGAUAUUUGGCGAGAUCGUUAGAUUGACCUAUUUCAGUGAAGAUUUAUCAAGACAUGUAAUCAAACAAUUAGCACUGGCUGUUAAACAUAUGCAUUCACUGGGUGUGGUGCAUCGUGAUAUAAAACCUGAGAAUCUUCUUUUUGAGCCAAUCGAGUUCACACCCUCCGUGAAACAAAAGUUUAGGAAGUCGGACGAUCCGCAAACAAAAGCAGACGAGGGCAUAUUCACACCAGAGAUCGGUGGUGGUGGAAUUGGUGUAGUGAAACUAGCUGAUUUUGGUUUGUCCAAACAAAUUUUCUCUAAAAACACGAAGACCCCUUGUGGUACAGUUGGUUAUACAGCUCCAGAAGUCGUCAAGGAUGAACAUUAUUCCAUGAAAGUAGAUAUGUGGGGAAUCGGCUGUGUUUUAUACACAAUGUUAUGCGGGUUUCCACCAUUCUAUGAUGAGAAGAUUGACACUUUGACCGAAAAAAUAUCAAGGGGUGAAUAUACCUUUCUAAAACCUUGGUGGGAUGAAAUCAGUCCCGGUGCUAAGAAUGCUGUGGUUAAGCUAUUGGAAUUAGAGCCGUCCAGAAGAUACGAUAUCGACCAACUUUUGGACGACCCAUGGUUGAACUCAUACGAUUGUUUGCCAAAGGAGCGCGAAUCUUCACAAAAGAAAGCAGGUACUUCCGAGAGACGCCACAUGCACAAAAAACAAUUCCAACUAUUCCAAAAAGACUCCACGUUACUGUUUUCACCAGCCGCAGUUGCUAUGCGUGACGCAUUUGAUAUUGGUAACGCAGUCAAGCGUACUGAAGAAGAUCGUAUGGGGACCCGUGGGGGCUUGGGCUCCCUUCCUGAAGACGAAGAGUCUGAAGAUAAUUAUAAUGGUGGCCCAGAAGAUGAACCAUUGGAACAAAACAUGUUCCAACUAACUCUGGACACCUCUACGAUUCUGCAAAGAAGAAAGAAGGUUCAAGAAGACGACUUAGGGCCUAAGAUUCCAAUAAGUGCCACUAUUCGAGAAUAG